AUUUAAGAAUGGUGUUUCAAUAGCAUUUGUCCAUGCGCUCCUCAGUUAACAAUUAAAUCCAAAAAUAUAUAUAACAUUAUGGUUGCAUUAUAAUUCAGUAAAUCGUGCAGAACUGGCGCGGUGGGGCGGCUGUGUCGGAGACUGUGUCUCUCUUUAGGACCAAGCGGUUUCUUCUACUUUGGCAAAGAACCAAGUAGCACAAGUGCCGGCUGGCCAAUGGGACUGCAGGGGCGGUCCGAGCGCUCUGACCAGUCAAACGAAGUCACUUUCCUUAUAAGGCAGCCGGUCUCCAUGGUAACGUGUGCUAAGUUGCAGCAGUCGUGUCAAAGUUCACUAUAUAGAGAGCGCAGUGAGCUGAUCACAGGGAAAGCAUUCUGCCAGCCCGGCUGCUGCAAAUCGCGUUCACUUCCCAGCCUCCCCCUUUUUAACAUAUUUGAUCACUUCGAUUCUCUGUUCUUUUUGUAUUAUUAUUUUUUACGCGCAUGAAGGAGGUUGUGUAGGUUGUGAUCUUAAAAAAAAAAAAAAAAAAAAAAAAAAAAAAAAGCAGCUUUAGUACCACUGCUUGCGAGUUGACUAGGUAUUUCUAUCCAGCACUGUAGCUGCUGCUGCUGUGCAGAUAGCACAACUACAACCAGAAGAGAAGGAACAAGCAUCAAGAUUGUUUUUUGUUUGUUUUCUUUUUAAUUCAGUUCAUGGUUUUUCCCAGGACUUACAUGUAACGGGGGGUCGUUCGCCGCUGGUACCUUAAGAGCCGAGCCGAGUCUUCUUUUUCUCCCCCAUAAUCUUUAACCUCUCCAUCCCAACCAUUUUACUCUCAUAUUUUUUCUUUCUUUUUUUUUCUUUCUUUUUUUUGUUGAUGGGUUUCCUGAAUGGCUGACGGUAAGCUGCACUGGACUUGGCCUCAAGACUCUUGUCUCUUCUUCAGCUCGUCUCCGAAUCCGGUCUAACAGACAGACAGAAAGAAAGAAAACAAGAAGAGAAAGACUUGAUUCGAUUGCCUCACAAGUUUCUCCAGACAAUCCUCUGUGCAGAUUUUUGUUUUUUGUUCCUGUAUUCUCGCUUGAUAACGGCCACGAACAAGCUGCUCUCUUUAAAAAUAGAAAUCAAAGCAUCUGAAGCCCACCCUCAAAAAAAAAAAAGGGGGACAAAAAAGCGACCAAAAAAAAGUUUAUUGACGUCGUCUGAUAGAUAUGGCAAUGGUAGUGUGGCGCGGCUCCCAGGACGAAGUAUCCGAAACGCAGGGGACCCUGACUUCCCAGGUCCCGCAAGUAGGACCACUGGUGCUGUCGACCUCUCAGGUUACACAACCAACACCGCAAACCCCCGUGCAAGGGGGGGCUCCGACCACCACAGCCCAGUCUACUCCGUCAAACCAGACGAACCAGCAAAGCCAAACGGUGGAAAAACAACAGCCACCGCACAUCGAGUGCGUGGUUUGCGGGGACAAGUCGAGCGGCAAACACUACGGCCAGUUCACCUGCGAGGGCUGCAAAAGCUUUUUUAAAAGGAGUGUACGGAGAAACCUGAGCUACACAUGCCGUGCCAACAGGAACUGUCCCAUUGAUCAACACCACCGCAACCAGUGCCAGUACUGCCGCCUCAAAAAGUGCCUCAAAGUCGGCAUGAGACGGGAAGUUUCUCAUUUUACUGCAGCAGUACAAAGGGGACGGAUGCCACCCACGCAGCCACACCAUGGCCAGUUCUCCUUGACAAAUGGGGACCCCCUGAACUGCCAUUCCUACUUAUCCGGAUAUAUCUCCCUUCUUCUGAGAGCGGAGCCCUACCCAACCUCCCGAUAUGGCAGCCAAUGCAUGCAGCCGAACAAUAUCAUGGGCAUCGAGAACAUUUGUGAACUGGCAGCCAGGAUGCUGUUCAGCGCGGUGGAGUGGGCGAGGAAUAUCCCUUUCUUUCCAGACCUUCAGAUCACUGACCAGGUGGCCCUCUUAAGGCUCACCUGGAGCGAGUUGUUUGUGCUCAACGCUGCCCAGUGUUCCAUGCCGCUCCACGUGGCUCCUCUGCUGGCGGCGGCGGGCCUCCACGCCUCGCCCAUGUCAGCAGACAGAGUGGUCGCCUUCAUGGACCACAUCAGAAUCUUCCAAGAACAAGUGGAGAAGCUCAAGGCUUUGCAUGUUGAUUCUGCAGAAUACAGUUGCUUAAAGGCUAUAGUGCUUUUCACGUCAGAUGCUUGUGGUCUUUCUGAUGUGGCCCAUGUGGAAAGUUUGCAAGAAAAGUCCCAGUGUGCAUUGGAAGAGUAUGUUAGGAGCCAGUACCCCAACCAGCCGACUCGCUUUGGAAAGCUUUUGCUUCGCCUGCCUUCUCUCCGCACUGUUUCUUCUUCUGUAAUAGAGCAAUUGUUUUUCGUCCGUCUGGUAGGUAAAACCCCGAUAGAAACCCUCAUCAGAGAUAUGCUGCUGUCUGGCAGCAGCUUUAACUGGCCUUACAUGUCAAUCCAGUAGACAGAGAAGGAAAACCCCUUUCUCUUUAGAGGGGAGCAAAAUGCUGUUACAAGUUUACUAAAGAAGAGGGGGGCAUUUUUUAAAUAACUGUGAAUUAAAAAAAAAAAAAAAAGACUUUCAAUGAACUUUCUAAAUGCAUUUAAGAACUCGUGUGUCCUUCUGAACAACUUGCUUCUUAUCAUUUUUUGUAAAAAGGACAUUUUCGGUUGUUUUUUUUUUUUUGGUGAACUUGAGAAAAGUCGAUAAAAAGUGCAUUUAAAAAGGAGAAUUUGGAGAAAAUUAGGAGAAAAAAAAGUAAGUUUUCUUUUCCAAAUUAUGAUGAAUUGUCCUGUGUCUGUGUAUCUAUAGCUGUUUUUGUAUAUACCUUUUUUCUUUCUUUCCUGGUUCUAAACCGGCUUAUUACGUGGUUCUGUAGUAUACGGUUUGUUUGUUUUUUUAAAUUAUAUAACCAUGGCUUUUAUCAAGCAGAAACAAAAACAACUGUGUAUCGUGUAAAGUAUGUGUUCUACAAGAAUUAAAACUGAAUCCACUGCAAUGUUUAGGAUAGG